UUUAUGGAAUGGAGGAAAGAGAUCCAUACCUCAGCCAAAGUUCCACCCUUUAAGCUGUAGUGGUUGAUCUCUAUCAGAAGAGGGGAUAGUGCAUGGUGUAUCAUACAGACAGAGGGAGGAGAGAGACGUGGCAACACACUCACUGACACACCGACACACACACCUGUCUCACAUACAGUACAUUCAUGCACGCAUUACCGUCACUCUCUCUGUGGAAUCGCUGGUGGCAGACAGUUUGUGCCAAGAUGCCCUUUUCUGACUGGCUACUGGUUGGCACUCUUCUGGCACUUGGAGGAAGCUGGAAUGUCAUUCGUGCAGAUGGUGGGUCUGAGAGGAACUGCUCUGCAAUCCCACCGUACCUGCCUUCCACUGUGGUCAACACUACCCUACGGCUGCAGGCCUUGAGGGAGGCUAUGAGUUCCUUCAAUGUCUCUGCCUAUAUCAUCCCUGGGACAGACGCUCACCUGAGUGAGUACAUCGCCCCACGUGAUGCACGGAUGGCUUUUAUGACGGGCUUCACAGGCUCUGCAGGCACAGCGGUGGUGACCCUGAAGAAGGCGGUCCUCUGGACAGACAGUCGCUACUGGGUCCAGGCUGAACGCCAAAUGGACUGCAAUUGGGAGCUGGAGAGAGACGUGUCCAUCAGCAGUAUAACUGACUGGCUGAUUCGGGAGGUUUCAGACACUGGCAACAUCGGCUUUGACCCCUUCCUCUUCUCUAUCCAAACCUAUGAGUCCUACAGCUACUACCUAGUUCCAGCCAAGCUAAUGCUGAAGUCCAUCCCUGACAACCUGGUGGACAGAGUGUGGACAGACAGACCCCUCAUCCCUCCUGAUAACCUCAUCCGCCUGCCCGACAGAGUCGUAGAGAGGACCUGGCAGAUGAAAGUGGAACACAUACGGACUCAGAUGACAGACAAUCCUUACAAGCCCACAGCGGUCCUGCUCUCUGCUCUUGAUGAGACUGCCUGGCUGUUUAAUCUGCGUGGUAAUGAUGUCCCCUACAACCCCUUCUUCUACUCCUAUACGCUACUGACCUUGAAUGAGAUCUGGUUGUUUGUACACAAGGACAGAGUGACAGAAGACUUGAAGCUAUACCUGAACUCCACUUGUUUCCUAGCUCACUGUGUGCAGUUGUUAGAAUAUGAACAGGUGCGGGUAAUGCUGAAGAACUACAUGACAACACCUGGUGUGAAAGUGUGGAUUGGAACAGAGUACACCAACUAUGCCCUGUACGAGCUCAUCACUCCAGAGGAGAAGUUACUGACCAGUGCCUACUCUCCGGUGCUGACCACUAAAGCGGUGAAGGACGAGACAGAGCAGCGCAUCCUGAGAGAUGCUCAUGUGAGGGAUGCCGUGGCAGUCAUACAGCUACUGAUGUGGCUGGAAAAAGUUGUACCAGAGGGGAAAGAGACAGAGAUGACAGCAGCAUAUUACGUCAAUGAGCGUCGCAGCAAGCAGAAGGACAGCAGGGGGCCAAGCUUUGAAACCAUAUCUGCCAGUGGGCCCAAUGCUGCUCUGGCCCACUAUAGCCCUUCUAAUGCAACUAGCAGAAAGCUUACUGUUGAUGAGAUGUACCUGGUGGACUCUGGUGGCCAGUAUCUAGAUGGGACCACUGACAUCACACGAACUGUUCACUGGGGGACCCCCACCGACAUGCAGAAGGAGGCCUUCACUCGUGUGCUCAUGGGAAAUAUUGAAAUCUCUCGGACCAUCUUCCCCUCAGGGACAAAAGGUGUAAACAUGGAGAUGCUGGGGCGCCGGGCAUUGUGGGAAGUGGGCCUGAACUACGGCCACGGGACCGGUCACGGCGUGGGAAACUACUUUGGCGUCCAUGAGUGGCCUGUUGGCUUUCAGAGCAAUAACAUUCCAUUCCGGGAAGGCAUGUUCACGUCUAUAGAACCAGGAUAUUACAAGGAAAAUGACUUUGGGAUCCGUAUUGAAGAUGUUGUCGUAAUCGUGCCAGCUCACACAAAGUAUGGCCAUAAAUACCUGACCUUUAAGACCGUAUCAUUAGUCCCGUAUGACAGGAAGCUGAUUGACACCUCUCUCAUGAGCCCUCAACAGGUAAGAAACACAUGCUACAGUGGCUGGAUAAUUACUACCUGACCAUACGUGAGCUAAUGGGGGCUGAGCUGGACAGGCAGGGCCUGACAGAGGAGAAGAAGUGGAUGCUGAAGCACACAGUGCCUUUCCAGAGUGCCACUGCUUCUGCUGCCGUCUCCUCCCUCAGCCUGACCCUCACCGCCUUGGCCACCGCCCUCCUCCACAACCUCCUCUGAGGAGCCUUCAUCCCUCGCUCCACUUCUCCCGCCAUCUCUCCCACCAUCUCUCAGUCCUUCUCUCCCUUCAUCUCAUCGCACUCCAUCUUUUAUGGCUAGUAUUAUUAUCUUAGCUGUCAGCCUAUGCAGUGCCUGUGCAUAGUAAAUGUAUUGUUGUCAUUCAAUGUUUGAUUUCAAUGCAUGUUUUGAUUAGUACCUUUAAGUUUAUUUCAAUUUGUUUAUUUCGUUAUUUGGUGAAUAUGUUCAGCUGGUUUGUUUUGUCAUUUUUUGAUGUGUCCAACCUCUCUGUGUUUCGAAUCAGUUUUUUUAUUUGCAUCCCAAAAGGGGGUCUUGGCUGUAGACAGUGUAAAUUGAUUUGUAAUUUAUUAAAAGAGGAUUAUUUGAAAGUUUGAGUACCAUUUUGUUAACUGACCUGUAGUUCACUACUUACUUUCUGUGUAGAAUGAUUUAAAUGUAUAUCAAGCAUACUGUACUUUGUCCCUGAAGAAAAAGUUUAACCAAACAAACUCAAUAUUAAACACUACAUUACAAGAUG